GCGACCCCCCCUCCUCGGCAUCGCUCUGUGUGGCUCCGCGUGCCUCGCUCGCCGACUUCAUCGUAGCGGCGGCGACGGCGAAGAUGCAACCGGUGGCUGGCGUAGAUCCGCGGCGCACCCCGCCGCCCCAGCCCUGGGCCGCUGUGCGGUACCCGGCGCCAGCGAUGGUGAUGCAGCACCCGAUGAUGGCGCCGCCACCGUAUGGGCACCCCUUCGUGGCCUACCACCAGACCCCCACGCCUCCUCCCCCGCCGCCGCCGUUGAAAUCGAUCCGCCUCCAUCAGGCCGUGGACGCCGCUGCGGAGGACGAGAAGCGGACGAUCUGGGUAGGGGAUCUCCACUACUGGAUGGACGAGAACUACCUCCACAGUUGCUUCGGCCACAGUGGUGAGGUUGUCUCUAUAAAGGUGAUUCGCAAUAAGCAGACAGGACAAUCAGAGGGUUAUGGGUUUGUUGAGUUUCAUUCACAUGCGACAGCUGAAAACAUACUUCAGAGCUUCGGCAGCCAUUUAAUGCCAAACACUAAUCAUCCAUAUCGGUUAAAUUGGGCAUCAUUUAGUAUGGGUGAUAAACACUCGGAUCUUGCUUCUGAUCACUCCAUUUUUGUAGGUGAUUUAGCUUCUGAUGUUACUGAUACGAUUUUGCAAGAAACAUUUGUUACUAAAUACUCAUCAGUAAAAGGAGCAAAAGUGGUUGUGGAUGCACAUACUGGCCGUUCAAAAGGUUAUGGGUUUGUAAGAUUUGGGGAUGAAAAUGAGAAGAAACUUGCCAUCACUGAGAUGAAUGGUGUUUAUUGUUCCACGAGGCCUAUGCGGGUUGGCCUUGCUACACCUAAAAGGUUUUCUGGUGGUUUUGGGCCAAAUGGUGCAUCUGCAGCAGGCUCCCAAACAGACAUGGAUUCAGCUAAUACAACAGUAUUUGUUGGAGGGCUUGAUCCAGAUGUCAAUGAAGAUGAUCUUAAGGAAGCUUUUUCUCGCUAUGGUGAGGUUGCCUCCGUUAAAAUUCCUGUCGGAAAGCAAUGUGGUUUUGUGCUUUUUGUUCACAGAAAUAAUGCUGAAGAAGCAAUGCAACAGUUAAAUGGUACAAUCAUUGGCAAGCAAACAGUGCGCCUGUCUUGGGGUCGCAACCCUGCAAAAAAGCAGUCAAGAGCUGAACGUGGCAAGCGGUGGAAUGGUGCUUACUAUGGAGGGCAGGUGUAUGAUGGAUACAGUUUACCUCCUCACUACCCAGGUAUGUACGUAUUACCACCGUAUGGCGCUUACGCUUUCUACGGAAGCCAACAACAAGUGAACUGAGAUACAAAUUAUUGCCAGACUCAAAAGGGAUAAACUCCCAGCAUUAUAGUAGUGGUCAAUGUAGGUCGUGAACUAGUCGAAAACCCAGAUGUGUGAUGCGUGUAAACUUAAAGAACUUAAGUUUGAACUCAAGGUUUUAAGUCUUAAGAUUUUCUGACUAAAUUUUGACAUAUACUUGUGUGAAAAAUGCAUGUCAAUCAAAUUUAGUAUGUGCUGUGAUUGUUUAA